GGAUCAGGGCUGCCCACACUCCCGCUGCGCACACGCGCUAACGACUCCCGCCGCAUCCCAACAUCAAGACCCAAACGUCUUCCCUUCCGCCAGCGCCGUCCACCCUCCUUUGCGACCUCGCCCGUGAUUGCAGCUCGUCUUUGUCUUCUGCCACAUCGACUGGCCAGCAACCAUUACCGUCACUCUUCCUACGGCGCGCCCCUGCCUGAACCCGCCUGGCCAUUCCACCCUCCACUCCUCCACCACACCUGCCCCGCCACCAAACUCGUCCAUAGACUACUGCCCAAAUGGCGACUGCGAAGGAGCAGGCCAUCGAGGCCAAGAACGAGGGCAACAAGGCUUUUGCUGCCCACGACUGGAACAAGGCCGUCGCAUGCUACGACAAGGCGAUCGAACUCUACGACCAGGAACCGACGUUCUACACAAACAGGGCCCAGGCACACAUCAAAUCAGAAGCCUUCGGUUACGCCAUAGCAGACGCCACCAAGGCGAUAGAGCUCAAUCCCAAGCUCGUCAAGGCCUAUUUCCGACGUGCCGUCGCAUACGCCGCCAUCCUCAAGCCCAAAGAUGCCGUCCGGGACUUCAAGCAGGUCGUCCAGCUCGACCCCAACAACAAAGACGCUAAGCUGAAGCUGGCCGACUGCCAAAAGAUUGUCCGCCAGCUCAACUUCUAUGCCGCCAUCGAGGUGGGCGACGAGCCCUCGGCCGCCGAGGGCCUGGACAUUGACGCCAUUGCCAUCGAGCCCGACUACGACGGCGUCCAGAUCAAGGACGAGAUGACACAAGAGUUCAUCGACGACAUGAUUGAGCGCUUCAAGAACGGAAAGAAGAUCCACAAGAAGUUUGUGUACCAGAUCGUCAUUGCCGUGAAGAAGAUUGUAUACGAGGAGCCCACAAUGGUCGAGGUCACAAUACCCGACGACGUCCAGCUCACUGUUUGUGGUGACACCCACGGCCAAUAUUUUGAUCUGAUGGAGCUCUUCAGGCUGAACGGACGUCCUGAGGAGAAGCACUGGUACCUGUUCAACGGUGACUUCGUCGACAGAGGUUCAUGGUCCUCGGAGAUUGCCCUGCUUCUCUACGCAUACAAGUGGCUGCGUCCCAACGGCAUGUACCUCAACAGAGGUAACCAUGAGACGGACGACAUGAACAAGGUCUAUGGCUUCGAGGGCGAGUGCAAGGCCAAGUACAACGAUCGUGUCUUCAAGCUAUUCUCUGAGAGUUUCUCAGCACUCCCUCUAGCCACCCUGAUAGGUUCCAAAUACCUGGUCCUCCACGGUGGUCUUUUCUCAGAUGACAACGUCACCCUCGACGAUAUCCGGAAGCUCGACAGACACGCUCAGAGACAGCCUGGCCAGUCUGGUCUGAUGAUGGAGAUGCUCUGGACCGACCCUCAGACAGCGCCAGGCCGUGGCCCCAGCAAGCGCGGUGUCGGCAUGCAGUUCGGACCCGACGUGACCAAGAGGUUCUGCGACAAGAACGGUCUGGACGCCAUCAUUCGCAGUCAUGAGGUGCGCAUGGAUGGUUACGAGGAGGAGCACGACGGCAAGUGCAUCACAGUGUUUUCGGCACCGAAGUACUGCGACCAGACCGAGAACCGGGGAGCGUACAUCAAUGUCAGCCCCAGCUACAAGCUCAGCUUCCACCAGUUUGAUGCUGUCCCACACCCGCCGAUCAGGCCAAUGGCUUACGCAAACAACUCGCUUGGAUCGAUGAUGUAAGGAGGAUGUUUUUCAUACAGCGGCAUAAUUGGAUGGGAAACAAGGGUGUCUUAUCUUGCAUAACGAGCCAUAUACCAUAUGACAUUGCUGCUCCAAGGCAUUGAAUAGCAUGGGCGUUCUGGGGAAAAAUACAGGGCUGGAUGUACUUACCAGGUUGUGUGUAUG